CAACAUUAAAUUCCCUGUAAAAUCAGCUGGACUCCACAAUCAGAGACUGUAAAGAUUUGGUCACACGCAGUGGAAUAAAGGGACUUCCCUUCUCCGCAAGAAUCUUUCUUUCUUUCGCUUUUUCUUCUUCAACAAUGGCUUCCCUUUAAGACCUCUGAAAAAUUGGUUGUCAAAAUAAAGUAAUGGAGAAAGAGAUUAUUUCCUCUUUUAUUAUUUCGCAAAUUGGAGUGUCGGCUGGUGAAGCUUUCCAGGUCAUAUUGUGUGUGAGUUUCGAACUUGUGUCACUUACUUGUCUUGGCGUGUCCAAACAGAAACCUUCUCCUGAAAAAGAGUCUCUUUAUGUGUCAGUAAGAUUUGGAUGCCCCUUCUUUUGACAGGCUUGAGCAAAAAGUUUUGGGGCAGAAGUGGCUGCAUCUAUUCCUUUUGAUUUUGAGAGGAAAAUAAAGCAUUGUAUUUAUUCCCAGGCUACAAAAAUUUAACUGGGUUAUCUCGAUCUUGAGCUUGGAGAGUACUUGCACAUUCGAACUCUGAAGGUCAUGAGUGAUUUGUGUGUUGUUUAUAGAGGAAUUUUGUUUGUGAUCCUGGAAGCUUGAGCUUUAGUAGUUAAGAAGCUACGAAUUUCAUGGUCUUUAAAUACUCGUUAGAUGAUCUUCAGUAUUAGUGAUAAGACCUCUGCACUUUGUUUUUCCAUUUCCUUCUUUCAAAGCUCUGUAAAAUCCCUUCUGUGCUUUGCCUUUACUGCUGGUGCCAAUGGGAAAAAUGUUGCACCAUCAUGAGCUUCUAGUUAUUUUUAUUUUUUUGCUUUUCAUCAAUCACUCAGAGCAACUGCAAACCUCCCAGGUUCAGACCCUUUUACGAAUUCAGCAACUUCUAAACUUUCCAGUUGUUUUAAGCAGCUGGAAUAACAACACAGAUUUCUGCAACACUGAAGCAAAUUCAUCUUCAACUGUUAUAUGCUAUGAAGGAAGCAUAACCCAGCUGCACAUAAUUGGCAACAAGGGAAUGCCACUUUUACCUCGGAACUUUUCUUUAGACUCCUUUGUGACCACCCUAGUUAAGCUUCCUGACCUGAAGGUUCUCGCAUUGGUCUCUCUCGGUUUAUGGGGCACUUUACCUGGUAAAAUUGUGCGUUUAUCAUCGUUAGAAAUAUUUAAUGUGACUUCCAAUUUCCUGUAUGGUUCCAUUCCUCAAGAGCUUUCAUCCUUAACAAGCCUCCAGACACUAAUACUUGAUGACAAUAUGUUUGCUGGCCAGCUACCAGAUUGGCUGGGUUCACUUCCGGUUUUGACUGUUUUAAGUUUGAAGAAAAAUUCGUUCAAUGGGUCUCUGCCAAGUGCAUUAAGUAAUUUGGAGAAUCUUAGAGUUCUUGCACUUUCACAUAACCACUUUUAUGGAGCGGUGCCUGAUUUUGAACGUUUGACAAACCUUCAAGUGCUUGAUUUGGAAGAUAAUGCUUUUGGACCUCAAUUCCCUCGACUUGGCAACAAGUUGGUUACUCUUGUCUUGAGUAAGAACAGGUUCAGGUCUGGCAUCCCUGCUGAAGUGAGCUCUUAUUAUCAGCUUCAAUGGCUGGAUUUGUCUAUCAAUACAUUUGUGGGAAGAUUCCCAGCGUCCUUGUUAUCACUGCCUUCUAUUACUUAUCUGAGUAUUGCAGGGAACAAAUUCACAGGAAUGCUUUUUGAAAAUCUAUCUUGCAGCUCUGAACUUGAAUUUGUGGAUUUUUCCUCAAAUCUUUUGACUGGAAGCCUACCUAGCUGUCUACUGACAGAUUCUAAGGAAAGGGUAGUCCUGUAUGCCAGGAAUUGUUUGGCCACUGGAAAACAAAGUCAACAUCCAUUUUCAUUUUGUCGCAAUGAAGCCUUAGCCGUGGGCAUUCCUCCACAUCACAAGAAUCAGAAAGAAGCUUCUAAAAUAGUUCUUUUCUUGGCUAUAAUUGGAGGGCUUGUUGGAGGAAUUGCACUUCUUGGACUAGCUUACUUGAUGGUUAGAAGAGUAAAUGCCAGGAGAGAAACAAAGGUUAAGAAACCUCCAACAAGAUUAAUAGCAGAGAAUGCAUCCGCUGGGUACACCUCAAAGAUACUUUCGGAUGCAAGGUAUAUAUCUCAAACAAUGAAGAUGGGAGAACUGGGUCUUCCAGCUUAUCGAACCUUUUCAUUGGAAGAGCUUGAGGAGGCUACAAACAACUUUGACACAUCUGCUUUCAUGGGUGAAGGUUCUCAUGGACAGAUGUACAGAGGCAGGCUAAAGGAUGGUUCUAUUGUAGCUGUUAGAUGCCUAAAAAUGAAAAAAAGCCACAGCACUCAAAAUUUUAUGCACCAUAUAGAGCUGAUAUUAAAACUCAGGCAUCGCCAUUUGGUCAGUGCUUUGGGACACUGCUUUGAGUGCUACCUGGAUGAUUCAAGUGUCAGCAGAAUUUUUUUUGUCUUUGAAUAUGUACCAAAUGGCACACUAAGGAGCUGGAUCUCUGAGGGACAUUCUCAACAUUCUCUUACUUGGACACAACGUAUAAGUGCUGCAAUAGGAGUAGCAAAGGGCAUCCAAUUUUUACAUACAGGGAUCGUGCCUGGUGUAUAUUCCAAUAAUCUUAAAAUAACUGAUAUUUUAUUGGAUCAGAACCUUGUUGCAAAAAUUAGCUGUUACAAUUUGCCCUUAUUAGCUGAGAACAUGGUAAAGUUUGGUCAUGGAAGCCUGCCUAGCGGAUCCAAAGAUCCUAUUGUUAAUGCAAGGGUUACACAUGAAGCCAAAAAUGAUGUUUAUGACUUCGGAGUGAUGUUGCUAGAAAUAAUUUUGGGUAGAAAAGUAAAAUCUGGAAGUGAAGUGGACAUUCUAAAAGAUCGGUUACAAGGAUGCAUUGCAGCUGAUGAUGUAGCUCGAAGGAACAUGGUUGACCCAGCAGUACACAAGGCAUGCCUGGAUCAAUCAUUAAAAACAAUGAUGGAGAUCUGCGUUAGGUGUCUGCUUAAGGACCCAUCAGAUAGACCUUCUCUUGAGGAUGUGCUUUGGAACUUGCAGUUUGCAGCUCAAGUUCAGGAUGCUUGGCACAGCGACUUUCAGAGCAAUGAGGGGUCUCCAGUCUCGGCUUCACAUUCUCGAAGACUCACCUUCCAUUAGUGGAACAUACAGGUUUUUAUGUUUUUGUCUCACUUCAUAUCUUUUUGUGGAAAUGGAUGCGAAAUUGGCAUGUCAUUAUGAUAAGAAUAAUUUUACAAAAUUGGCAUGUCAUUUAUGAUAUGGCUACUUGUGUAAAUGAGGGAACUUAAGAUACGAUAUGUGAUCUCUAGCCUUGACAUUUAUAAUAUUUGAAGUAAUGAACAUAUAAAAUCAUGUACUGCAGAUGGAUGAAAGUUCCAAAAGGAAAAGGAAAAGGAAAAGGGGAAAUGAAGUAGUAAUUCAUAAGACUGACUGGUGCUCUAUUUUUACUGGUAUGACAAGCGUGCUUGAUCAGUUCUCAAGUACUUUAUUCCCCUUUCCACUUAAUUUUUGUAUUUGUCAAAAUCUUUAUUCUUAUUUACAAGCAGAUGGAAAUAACUGUUCAUAUAAAGGUAUCCCUUGUGAAGAAAGUUCCCAUUUUCCAUUAACUGUAAUUUCUUAUUGAUGUGAAUCAUUCUUCCCUCCA